CUCAAAUCAUACCUGUUGCGAGUGUGUCGACUGCCAAACGCAAAGUCGCUUGCUCCACCCAUUCGGCGCGACUUACACGUAUCAAAAUGUCCGUGAGAGGACCUGGAGGUGCAGGACGCGGACGUGGACGAGGACGUGGACGCGGUAGAGGAAAUACCAUGAACUGGUCAUGGGAAAUCUACACGCCUAGCCCCGACGUCUACAAUUCCCUUUGGCUCCCCCGCCACGAUCCUGCAACUGUUACACCUUACCCACCUGCGGCGUGCCCCAUCCCCCAAGCACGAACACGUAUCAUCGACCGUAGACAGACGGAGGGUGACUACAAUCGUAACUUCUACAUCGUGGAGAUCGUGCCAAAUGGCGAUAUUGAGGUCCCCGAGAAAGUCGAAGUUGAUUCGAGUCGUAUAUUGGAGUUUGUGAGCCCGAGCGAGCUGGAGAGGUUCGAGAAUGAAUGUUUUCGCGUCGAGGCGGAGGUACAGGCUGUGGCGGAGAGAGUGGAGGAAGAAGAGAGGGUGAGAAGGAGGAUGGAGAGAAAUGCCAGGGCCGGAGUAGGCAAGAAGAGUAUAGUGAGUGGCCUGGGUUUGAAUGGUGCAGUGCCGACGAGAGGAAGGUCGAGGGGACGGGGGAGGGGCAGGUCGAGAGGUAGUGGACGAGGUAUGAUCGUGGUUAGUCAGUCGCAAGAUGAGGCCGUGGCAAAUGUUGAGGUGUUGCGGCCAGUCGAGACAUCGGAGACUAUUGAAGUGUUACAUCGCAACGUGGAGGAAAUACCGUCUCUCGUCGCGAUGCUGCCCACCAUCCAUACAAGCCCGCUCACGUUUCGAGGCCACCCCGAAGUUCCCGACAUUGGCAACUCUGACACCGAGCCAGACGACGACACUGAUGCAGCCUUGCAGCUGCGUUUCGAGAACGACAUCCAUGCACAAUUGGCCAUCGAAAGCUCAGAUGAGGAUUCCCAUCGUAGCAAACGGCGCAGGACAGGGAGCGCGGCGCCUAUGUCGAUACCUGCACCUGAAGCUCGACGCGCAUACCUCCAAGCAACACACAGGAUGGACCAUCAAUCUCGUGCUGUAUCAUCUGCGUCUAUUGGGUCAACAUCUACAUCCGAGUCCGAAGAGCCGGACGGAUCAAUACCACUGCAACCACAUUCUGAACCGUUUCAUCCGCCAAGCCACGACGCAAUGGACAUCAAUCCCUACACUGUCCACAUCCAGUUACCAUCAGAAUCGCCCUUGUCGGCUACCGCGCAUGCCGAAGGUCUGAACAACGAUCGUCUAGUUGACAACGAGGAAGACGAUGACGAAGACGAGGAAGAGGAAGAAUACGUCGUAGAAGCCAUACACGAGCACUAUCACGACGGCACCCAAAACUACUACCUCGUGAAGUGGGAAGGCUACGAGGAUAGCUUUGACUGGCUUCCCGAAGAGGAUCUCAGCGGCGCGGCGGAACUAGUCACUGAGUAUCACGAGAAACUUAGGAAAAGAAAGGAGAAGGGGAAAGGGAAAGGCAGAGCGUAAAGCAGUAUCAGACACUGCGGGGAACGUUGGAUACCUUUGCUUCGAUCAUUCAUCCUUAUCCUAGCGUGACUUCACAAUAUGGUGUUAUUUCUACCCUAGACUUUCUUAGACUGCUUGUUCCCCAUCUGCACCCACGCCUAAUUAU